CUGUGCUGCAUAAGUUGGCAAUAAUUGUUGAUCUUUUAUUGAACUUAAAUUUCAGUGCAUUAUUUUUUCUUUCCGCUAAGUUCUCCUUAGCAGUGUAGUGAAAAAUCUUUAAAUGAACAUUACAUCUUUACUUAAGGAAGUGAAAUAUAUAUAUUAUUUAUUAUUUGAAUUGUGAUGUAUUAAUGAAAUAAUUUCCAACCAAGUAUGAAGAGCGCCCACCAUACAGAUAAACAUACAUAUGUAUCACAUGCAAACGCAGUAUAAAGAGUGGUGUUAUAUAAUGGCGCAGCCUUCAAUAGCUUCAUAUUUUAAUACGCGGAAGCGCGUCGCUGCAGAUGAAGCAGCCUCCAUAAAAAAUCGGCGGUUGACUGAUGAUAGUGCAACGAUACCACCACCGGCCACUCCGAUUGCUUCGGGAAGUCAUGAUGAUGGCGUUGAUAUUGCCUCGAUCAAAGCUGCCGCUAUGGGCAUACGGACGCGUUCCGGCCGUACGAUCAAACGUACUGGUGUCCAGACUACAGCCGAAGCUCCGGCUAAAAAGCAAAGUAAAACUGAACAACCAUCAUUGCAACAAAAAAAGCUUGUACAAUUUAUUAAAAAGGGACCACUGUCACCAAGGAAAAAAAUGUCAACACCAAAUAAUGAAAUGCAAAAGAAAAACGAAGAAACUCCCAGUGCUAAUACAGCCAUAAAAGUAGCGAACGCUUUCGCAUCCAAGGAUAAUGUAACAAAUGUGUUGCGUGGACUUAGAACUCCAACUAAACAAAUAAUAAAAGGAUCUGGUGCAACACCACUUAAGCAUGAAGAGAUCAAAGGCUUAGUGCGAAAAGAACUGAAUUUCGAUGAAGUCAAAACCAAAUUGUCACGUAGCGCUAAACUUCAAGAAUUGAAAGCAUCCCUAUCGCGAAUACAAGAGCUGGAAAAGUCACGUAAGGCACAUGAAGAUCGCAAUCGUCGUUUGCGUGAAGGUCAGAAGGUCUCACCACUGAAACAAGCCGCACCAGUUGUACAGCUGAAGGAGUUCCAAACUAUUGAACUAGAAGUGUUGACUAGCCCGGCAAAAACAUUUAAGACCCCAACUAAAAUACCACCACCCACACCGGAUAAAAAUGAGCUUAUGUCACCACGUCAUACAGAUGUUUCCAAACGUAUACUCUUCAGCCCCGCCAAACAGGGCUCUCCAUCGAAGUUGGUGGUGCCACCGGCGUAUCAGCGUUUCAUGAGCCUUGCUGAAACAAGCAAAGCAGGUCAAUUGCCAUUGCCGUUUAAAUAUCGUCACCUCAUUGAGAUAUUUAAAGGCGUAGAUUCGGUGUGUGCCAUGUUUCAUAAUCGCAAGGAAUGCAUUACUUUCAAGAAGUUGAAACCAGCUGUACAACGUAUGUUACGCAAGAAUUUCACUGAAUCACACUUAGCGCAAAUUAAGCAAGUUUAUCCCGAAGCGUUCUUAUUCUCACAAAUGAAAAUGCGUAACUAUGGUUCUGUGUCGAAGGCGGAUUACUUUCAAUUGGUUAUUUGCCCAAAUGUUGACGGUAAUGGUGGUGGUGUGGAAAAGAUGACAUCGACCCGUAAUGUAGAUGAAGCUGACGCUGCCGAUAAUAUACUCAAUGCUGCACAAACAUGCACAAUGAAUCCGCAGGUGAUGAUUGAUCGCUUGCAGCGCUUCACAAAUACACUACUACAACGCGUUUUAAACGAGCAUGAAAAGUUCUUGCUUUCACUUGAUCCACCAAUUAAUAUACCAAAAUCGAAAGUUACACGUUGGCAUCCGGAUUUCGAUUUGGAAAACUGUUCGGAGAUCGCGUGUGCUCAUCUACCGCAGCCACCAAAUGUGGAAAAGUACUCUUCAGCACGAGAUAUUUUGUCUACGGCACGUAAUUUAUUCAAUUGUGCCACACCGAUGGAGCGUGCACUGGAACGCUAUGAAGCCAAGAUGGAAGCAACACGUGUUGCAGAGGAGAAUGCUCAAAAUAUAACUACGGUCACGCCUACAGCCGCUGUGACAACGGACGUAAAUAUUGCUUGCAGUAGCAGUAAUAUAGCUGAUGUGGCUACACCAGUUAAAUCGGCUACAGUUUCCACAGCCACACUGACAACUACGCCAGUGUCAAAGCCAAUUACGGUUGCCGUAAAUACACGAACCAGUGCUAAUGAUAUGACAUCCAAUUUGUUAAAAGGUGUUCCAAAAUCAUUGUUGGAAAAAAUACGCGCAAAGCAAGCGGCUAAAGCGCUAGACGCUAUGACAAGGCGACCAUCACAGGAUCAGGAAGCCACUAUGUACUCACGUCUACCGGAAUUGGCACGUCAUCUACGUAAUGUUUUCAUUACCGAGCGCAAAGGUGUCCUUAUGCUGGAGAUUGUCAUAAAGAAGAUACAGAAUAGUUUUCGUACUUGUUUGACGGCUCAGGAAGUGGAGGCGCAUUUAAAGUUAAUGUCUAAAGAGAUACCAGCAUGGGUAUCUUUCCAUGAGGUACGCAAAACAAUGUAUCUUAAAAUUGCACGAGAAAUGGAAUUGAAAAAAGUAAUUGUUAAAUUGGAAGAAAUUGCUAAUGAAAAGAGCAAAUAAAAUAACUUCAAAUAAAAAACUUUGACCCCCCCUUUAAAAAAAACAUUAGAAUGGGCAUGAGGAUAUUCAAGUCAUUUUGUUAGUAAGCAGAAACGUUGAAAAAUCUUGCUACUUUAUUUAAUAUUGUUAAAAAAAAAAUAUUUAUAUAUAAUCACUGACACUUUAGAAAUAAAAUAUAAUUUUUGGACUAACCCUAGUUAAUUUACGGUAAUAUUUAGCUAUUUUGAAGAUUUCAACCUAAAACAAAUUGUUUAAGCAUACAUUUUUUAAAUUAAACGGAGAUUUCAAUCAAAAUAACAAUUCCGAAUGGGAAAACGGGCUUAACUAUUUUGAAAAAAAAAAAACAGAUUUUCUUAUAUAUGUCCCUAAGCAAUGAAACUUAAGUUAUUUAAAAAAUUUGGUUAUGUAAAUGUUUAAACACAAAUUUUAUGAAUUGCAACACAAUCCAGACAUGAUUCCAGUAAUAUGUGUAUGUAUAAUGUUGUUGGAUAGCAAUAGUAGUUAUUGUAAGACAUGCACUCCCAAUGAUUAAUUUUUUUCUGUAUUUGCUAAGUAGAAUAAGGUUUGUUAUUUCUAGAAAAUAAUUUCAUAGAGUAGAGUAAAAUUCACUCAUUUUUUACAUCACAUUUCAGUUCAGUUCAUUUUCAUGUAAGCAACCGUUAUUCCUGUUUGAAAUUUUAUGGUUAUUACGUAUUUUUGUAACAAUAAAUAAAGAUUAAUAAAGACAAAAUCAACAUA